AGUGUUAUGUAACCCCAACCAUGGCAGUUCAUGAACCAUGUUUUGUGGCUUAGUAUGUUUUACAAACCUAGUCAGUUGGUUUAGUCAACAAAUCCUGGUUUAGUACCAUACAAAGGGCUGAGCCCCAGAAGGAUCUAGGUUGUUUGAAGGGUUGCAGGGAAUACAACCUCUGUAUGUCAAUUCUUCAGUUGUUGAACAUCUUUCCAUGGUCUCCUUAGCAGUUCAGCAUUAGAAUAACUCCCAUUCUCUCUCUUGGGGGACCCAGGACUUUCUCGUCACUGGACCUGGAACCUCAUAUUGGAGGAGAAAGGGAUGGCAAGCUCAAAGUCAGCUUCUCUGAAGAGCCAGACUGCUGGAGAACGGGAAGAGGGCAAGAAGCCAGGCCAGAGAUCCUCCAGCUGUGACAAAAACAUCCAAGAUGCAUCUCUUGGGAAUGGAAAAAAGAACCUUGGGGUCAAGGUAAAAGAGAACCGGCCGCCUCCCAUCCUGUCCCAGCCAGGGGUGUGUUGGGCUUGCCCAGAUGGCACAUUUGUCAAGCUGGUUCUGAAGGCUGGGACAGGUUUAGAUAAACCAAAGGAAGGGUCCAUCUGCCAGGUCUUCAUUGAGGCCAGUCGUGAAGGGCCCUUGAGCUACCCAUCCCACAGGUGGGCUGAAGUAGAGCUGGGUGGAGGUGAUGACGAGUGGGAUGGCGUGGUGGACCGUGGUCUGGAAACCAUGCUCGCAGGGGAGCAGGCUGAACUGAGGUUGACAGAAGGCGGCACCAUCACCGUCCAGUUGGCAGGCUUCACUGGGGCCAAGGACUCCUGGGAGAUGAGCGCAAGUGAGAAGUGGGACUUGGUUCUCAACAAUAAAGAGCGUGGCGGUGAGCUGUACCGGGCGGGAGCCAUUGGUGCGGCUGCCAGGCGCUAUGCCAGGGCCUUGCGCCUGCUCGUGGUGGCUGCCCCUCCCCCAGAUUAUGACCAGAUCAAGGCAGAGCUUCACACCAACCUGGCUGCCUGUCAGCUGCGGUUGCACCAGCCGGCCAACGCUGCUCACAACUGUUCCAAGACUCUCGUGCUCCAGCCAGCCAACACCAAGGCCCUGUUUCGUCGGGGCUUGGCUUACGAUGCGAUGAAUGACUUGGAGGGGGCCGUCCAAGAUCUGAAGGGGGUUUUGCGAGUAGAGCCAGGAAACCGAGCGGCUCGCCGGGAACUAGAAAGGGUUACGGAGCGGAUCCGGGCACGAGAUGCUAGAUUGGCUCAGGCCAUGCAGAAAAUGUUUGCCUGAAUAAAAUAAUUUUACUGUGUCAGUA